GGUUGACAUUUGAAAUAGGAAUGUAAACAGACGCGCAGCCUUGAUUUGACAGAACGGGAAAUGAAACAUUAUCAAUAUCAUAUUUGGUGUUCGUGAUGAGGGAUUAAAAAGAAGAGCUCAAUAUGAUGGGAGAUCAGCUAAUCCUCGAGGAGGAUUAUGAUGAGAAUUAUCAACCCACGGAAGCAGAGAUCCUUGAAUAUGCCACGACAGUAAUUGGCAUCGACCCGGAGACAGAACCUCAUUUGAUGUGGAUAGCUCGGGAAGGGAUCAGUGCUCCACUACCAGCAGAUUGGAAACCAUGCCAAGACACUUCUGGUGGGGACAUCUACUACUUCAACUUCACCAGCGGUGAGAGCACCUGGGACCACCCCUGCGAUGAGUUCUACCGGAAGAUGGUCCAGGAGGAGAGGGACAAACCCAAACCGGCGGGAGGUUCGGGAGGGCCUGGAAAGAAGGAAGGGAAGAAAAAGAAAGAGAAGAAGGAGAAGAAAGAUGCGGGGAAGAAGAACCAAGGCCCAUCUUCUUCUCUUGGUCCCCUGAAAGACAGUGCGCUAGGAUCACCCCUGGGAAGUCUGAAAGGUACGGGCCAUCUUGGUACCCUCGGCACCCUACAAGAUCCAGGCAGCACUCUUGGGUCAACGUCAGGGAAGAAAGACACAGGAUUUCUGAAGAAGUCCUUAGAUACCAAGCCAUUGUCUAUAGCAGGCAAUAGGGAGGAGAAUAUACAGAUGUUACCAGAAUUCUCGGAAGACGAGCCAACUCCAAGAUUAAAUCUAGAUCUUGAUCUUCAAGAUAUUGGCCAGCUGGGUUACGAGGAAUCAGAAGCAAGCGAACCGGCCUUGAAGCAUCUUCAUCCUUCUGACGAUGAAAGCGACGAAGAUGAUGUCAAUGUGGACUUUGGUAUUGAUGCCAAUCUCUCCAAGCGUCUCGGUCUAAUGGACGCAGAUAGCCUCAUGCCAGCUACCAGUCCAGAUCCACCUAAAUCAAGGUUUUUAAAGAGUUCAAAAAAGGAACCAGAGAAAGGGCCAUCCUCUAGACCGCCUUUGUCCCUGGAAUCUUCAUUAGACAGCCCUCGGGUACCAGAUCUAGGCUACUCAGGAACAAAGAUGGGUGGUGGCACGUUCCCCUCUCUUGGUUCCUUGGCACCAUCCUCUGCAGCUCAUCUUCCAAAACUCGACAAUGAGAAACUUCAGAGAGAAGCUAGAGAAGAAGAAGAGGAACUCAGGGCUAGCAUGGAGCAAAGUUUACAGUCAAAGAGAGCAGAGAUGGAGAACGAUUUUGAGAAGGAGCUUGAAGCGGAGGAGGCGACACUGCGCAAGGAGCAGGAGAAAUCCCUGAAGCUGAUGAGGGAGCGUCUGGAGAAGGAGCUGGAGGAUGCCAAGCUGGAGCUCCUGGAGGACAAAGAGGAUCAUCUACGGCAGCUUAAAGAGGAAGCUCAUAAGGAGGAGGAGAAGGAAGAGGAGGCAUUGGAAAAGGAGAAGGCCAAGAGUAUCAGUGAUCUGAGGAAGAGGGUAAGAGAGGAGACGGAGGAAGAGGAAGCGAUGUUGAUGGAAGGAAAGUCAGAUGCCCUCCGGAAAUUGAAAGAGACCAUCAAGAAAGAACAACAGACUGAAGAGGAUAAAAUCAGGGAAGCGAAGGACAAAACAUUGAAGGAUCUCAGGGAUGAGGUUAGGGAGCUCCGAGAGAAAGAAGAGGAUAAACUGGAAGAAGAGAAGAAGAAGGUGAUGGAUAGGAUUAAGAAGGAGGCGGCGUCGUACCAGGAGGAGAAGAUGGCCGACUUGAAGAAGGGACAUGAAAUGGAUUUAGACAAGCUGAAAGAAAAGCUCAAAUCCGAGCAGCAAUCAUCACUGGAUGAGCUGAAGAAGACUUUUGAAGAGGAGAUUGAGAAAAAGAAGACCGAAGCUAGUCAAAAACACAAGAGGGAUAUGGAUGAUAUUCUAUCUAAUCUACGGGAAUCCCAAGAAGAGGAGAAAAGGAGAGAGGAAGAGAAACUGAGACUAAGCCGUAAUAAUCAAGCUGCUAUUAGAGAUAUGGAGACAGGGAUGGAUAGUAUUCUUCAAGAACGUAAACAGGCACUGAAGGAGGAGCAUCAGAAGGAGAUAGAGAGGAUGAAGAAGGAUCAAGAGAAGAAGAUACGAGAUAUGACCAGGGAGCUCAAAGAUGCUGAACAAGAUGAGAAGAAAACCUUGCAGAAAGAGCACGAGACGGAGAAGGAGAAACUGGCAAAAAUCCACAAAUCCGCGCUGAAAGUGUUGAAAGAAGAGUUUGAGCAGAAGAAAGAGGUUUUACACAGCAGCCAUGACGAUGAGGAAAGGGCGUUGAAGGAGGUCAGCGAAUCUCUGAGUGAGCGGAAGAAGGUCCUUGAGAGACAGAACAAGGAACUUGAGAGAGAGGAAGAGAAGAUUGCAAGGAGAAGAGCCAAACUGGAGGAAGAGAAAGAGAGACUGCAGCACGAUCAAGAGGAGGUUCUGGAGAUGAAGGGAAGGAAUGGAGACAUCUCUCAGAUGGAAGAUAUGGAGAAGGAGAGACAAGAACUGGUUGCAGCGAUCAAGAAGGAGAGAAGGAUGCUACACGAAUUGGAGAAGGAGAAGAAACAGAUGGAGGGGAAAGUCAAGAGUCUGCAUGCACAGUCUAGACAUUUAAAUGGGGGCCUCGAUGAAGGCAUGACCAAUGGUUACCAUGACAACCCCUCCACUCCACAUGUCUCACGUUCCAGAAGGAAAGCAGACGUUCCCGACACACCAGAUGUUGACCUAUUAGACCUGAAUGAGCUUGACCCUCUCACGCCCUCCCCUACGAAACAGGUCCGUCAAAUGGUACAUCCGAGAGACUUGGCAAAAUCUCCUACUGGUCGGGAUGUUCCAUUCUCAACGGAGCUUGAUGACGAGGAUGACUAUGAGAUGCCGCGUGGGGGAAGGAGGUAUGCCUCUCACAAGGCAAGAGGAAAGCGAGCUGCCUAUGACGACGAUCAGAUGUACAAUCCUCCUCUCCCAUCGAGACAUAGAGGGCGCCAUGCAUGGCAAUACAUGGAGUCUGAUGCUUCAGAGGAGUUUGACGAUGUGACUGCUAGGCGACAGAUGGCUAAGAGUGACCUUCGUCUGCGUCUUGCGGAGGAGAAUGGAGCCAUCCGUCGAGCCAAAGACUUCUUGAAGCGCCAAAAGAGACAGCUUCAUCAGCAGAAAUCUGCUUUGGAGGAUGCGAAGACGGAAUGGAGGAGAGACCUCAGACACGGCUAUGAAGAGAAUGGAGACACGGCGAAGGGAACACCGCUGGUAUACGAAGAUGUGCGACUUGGAUUGGAGAGGGAGGCACUGGAGUUGGACAAAGCCUUGGUGAACUAUACAACCGGGAGCCGUCUGGUGAGAGAGAAGGAGUCUAAACUCAAGAAACUAGAAGAGUCUCUCAAUGACAAAGAUAUAUACAGAGGGAGAGACAUUGGCCAGCAUUCAGAGGCAAAUCAGGACACCAUGUUUAUUUUGAGUGAUUCCUCAGGGAGCAGUCCUAGGACCAAUAGUAGCACCAGUGGGGAUGAGUCUUAUAAACAAGAUAUAAGAGGUCACCAUUCUAAGAAGAAGGGGAAAGUGAAAGGAAUGAAGCAAGAUGAGUCGUCUCAAGUUAUCUCCUCUCUGAACAGUCUGAACAAUCAGUUGCAGAAUGUGAUGACCGUGCUGAAACAACGGGAACCCCCGAAUGCACCCGGUGGCCCCACACCAGGCUCUUACUCCACCUCUCCUACAGGGGGAAUACCUCUUCAGAAUGGAGCCCAUGUACCGUACUCCCACCCACCUCAUGAAUAUGCAAACCCUCAUUCAUAUGCCCCGCCCCCACAAUCUGCUUUACCUCGAACUUCAUAUGCAGUGCCUUCGACUGGGCCACUCCCUUAUCAUGGCCCUGCAGGGGCUUAUGAUUAUUCAUCAGCUGGUAGGCGUGGCCUAGGAGGGGGCGGGACCGAGAGGCCGUACACGGUAGGAGGGGGCCGGUUGUUUGAUCCGGUCAAUCCUCAGUAUGGGCUGGAGUCUGCUGAGCAAGCCAUGGGGCGGAAGUGGAGGAAAUAUUUUGGAGAUGAGAGGAGAGCGGGUGCCCCAGGUUUUCCAGUAACGGGCAAUGAGAAACCGACGUUUGGAGGCUACAUCUCAGCCAGGGACCAACUGAGAAGUUUUAGAGAUCCUGGCCCAAUGACCUCCAGACCUGUUCCUACGUCAACAGACCCAAGCACAGGAACUCAGAACAGAUUGGUUGAGCUCAAUGACUGGUUGAAGAAGCAUCGGAUGAGUGGGGCGUUGAACGUCGCGGACCUGGAGCCCACCGUAUCGGGGAGUGAGAGUCGGCGAUCAGCGAACAAUUCCAUCGCGGGGACCAGCUUGGCCAGUCAGAAACCAGCCCAGACCAGGCUUGAGCUGGACUCCAACAACCAGAUAAGAGUUAGAGAAGUCAGGUGAUUUGUAUGUACCACCUGACACUUCACCAUGUGAUCGAUGACAUGACCACACCAUGCAGGUUUUAUCAUCCAUCACUUGAUGUUCAAAUGGUGUUAUUGAUCAUGUGACUGUACCAUGCCAGGUUGUAGACAUGAGACAUUGCGUAGCUGAGGUUUUAACCAUUCAAAGGAUGUCCAGUUAUCACCUGAUACCCAGGUCAUGUGAUUGAUCAUGUGACUGAACCAUUCCUGUGAUUCCAGAUCCUCUUUCAUGUUGACCAAUCUGUGAAUGAAACAUGUUUUUUACAGGGUAUGUUGUGUAGAAAUAUUCUACUUACUCAGAAUUUGGAGAUUAAUAAAUAUUGAUGAUACAGGUGAACCUGCCCGAGUCGUAUCACCUUGGACCAGAGAAAUCUGUUUGAUUUACGAGAAAUUCCCCUCAGAAGAAGUGAAUAGCAAGUGUGUUGCAUAAUCUGUGCCCCUCAUUACAAAUCUUAGCAGUUGGUCGUAGGGCUGGUUUUCAACUUGGUUACAUUCAUCACGAUGUGCAAUCAAGUAUUCGAAUCAACAAUACGAUCAAUUGUAAAAGAUUUGUGCAACAGGGUCCAGGGGCCCGUAACACAAAGCUUAGCAAUGAUCAUAGAACAUUUUACUACGAUUAAUUGCAUAGACUACAAUGUACAAUCAAUCGUAGAAACCAAGCGUACUAUUAAUCGCUAACCUUUGUGUUACGGGGCCCAGGUCUGGAAAAUUGCUUCAACCUCGACAAUUAUUCUACUGACAGAAGAUCAACUUGAAUAUGCAGACCUAACUGUAACCAUCAGGAUUUUUUAGGCCAGUUUACGCUAAAGCAAUAGACUUACAUGUACAACAGAAAAUGAAUUAUGUGCAUGUUACAUGAUGUCAUACAUGAAGAUGCUUCGAUUUACAAUUUUCUAUUUUCUAACAUGGUGGUCAUUGCAUUUGCAGUUAUUGUAUUAUCUGUAUCCUAUAAUGCUUUUUAUAGGAUGGGGGGUCUUCACAUUUUAAGUUUUUCCUUUGAAAAUAUUCAACAAUAAACUUUCAGUCGUGAGCCUGCCAAAAAUAAAACAUAUCUUUCAAUCAUUUUUUUAAUUACUUUACAACACAACAUGGCGUCAAAGGAUUUCUCAGAAUUUAAAAGCGUACAUGUACAUGCUUGUUUAGCCUCUAGUUUUUGGUAACUGAAUGCAUCUCUGAUUAACAUGAAACUACAAAUCAAAGUAUUUAUACAUAAAGAUGCAAUUAUUUGAAAGUUCCAAUGUACUUGUAUUUCUUUUUUGUUUACUGUUGGCUUCAUUUCAAAAUUUGUCCAAUAAGUGUUGUACAGUACAUUACCAGAUGUGUAAAGUGUACGAUACAGAAUGGCGGAUAUGCAAUCAUUUUUUUUUUCUUUGCAAUUGCAGUGAUAUUUUCUCCUGUUUGGUAAAUGAAAAGAGAGUUUUGCACAAGCAUGUAAUGUUGGGAGUCUUAACAGUAUUAUGUGCUAUUUUUCCUCGGGAUAUUUUCUACCUAGGUUUUGUAAAUUGAUAUUACUUUUUUUUAUUCAUGGUCUUGCCAGUUUCUACUCUGUAUUCAGUACAGUAAAAUUGAAAUCAAAAUGUAAUAUAGGAUUUAUAUUUGUAUAUCGUUGUUGAAAUCAUUUAUUUGUUUUCUUCAAUAUUUCAAAUAAUUUGACAUGAAUGCCAUUUUGCUCUAUUGGGUUUGUGAAUUUUUAAGUAAUAGGCCUCCUAAUUAACAAAUUCUCUGAAAUAUCAAUUAAAUUUUCUCAAGCUUAAAAGGUAUAUUUUGUUAAUUACUUGCUGGCUAUUUUGUAGUUGAUUAAUGUUCUGUAAAUGAAAGACACUGAAAGUAUUCAUCAGGAGCAAACAGAAUUGAUUUUCGGGAGUUUUUCACAGUGAGUAAAGUGUGACUUCAAAUCACAUUUAGGGUGCGUUUAUGCGCCACUUUUUUACCCUAGAAUCAUGAUUCUGCAGAAUCACGAUUGCAUUUAAUAGUCAGAAGUGAAAAUAGGUCUUUAAAAUCACAAACAUGAAACAUGGAAAAAAUUGGAAAUACGUUUCUGUAGAAUCACGAACGAAAAAGGUCGUAUAAACAAAAUUGUGAUUUGAAUAGUAUUCUAUGACAUCACUGUAUCGGGCUUCUUCUGGUUUGACUCUUGCCAAGCUCAAGGCAUGCGCUAUUAUAUGUGAUAUGCAUGCCUUUCUUGUCACAUGCAUUUAACUUCAAGUUCUGUGAUGAUCAUUGCACCGUCCACUGCUCUUUUUUUGUCAUGGCUUUAACUUCCAGUUCUAGUUAAUGAACUAACUGGAGAGACAAUGAUCUCAAUUUGGCAGUGGAUUUCUAACUAGUGGGUCUCGCGUGCUGCGACGCCACUUCUGGCGUACACAACACACGACUUCUAUGGCUUGAUUUUUCUGUGCGUGGCAGCAUGUACAGUGUAAUGAGUAACUAUUAUCCAGAGUUGUGAGAGUGCAUCUUUUUAGCUAAUUUCAGCUAUUUUUGCUUUUGGUUUUCAGCUUAAUUUCAGCGUUGUUUAGCUUUCCUUUGUACUGUGGGAGCUCUUUCAAUUUCAGCUUUCUUCAACUCUUUUUUAUUUGUGAUCACUCACAUCCCAGGGGCCUGUUGCAUAAAACUUUUUACCCAAGAUAACUCUGGUAAAAACUGAAAACUAAGGUCAGUCUGAUUUCUGCCAUUGACUUUAACACAGGGCAAAAGCUCCGGUAAAAACAACCUGAGUUUUCUCAGGUAAAAAGUUUUAUGCAAUUUUUAUACUUGCAUAAAUUUUAGAUUUUGUCUGCAUUGCUUGUGAGUAACAAACUUUAAAAUCUAUCAAAAUUUGAUUCAAGUCCAAGGAAACUUACAUCCAUUGGCUCAUAUUCUGAAGUCAGGUUUACAUUAAACCCUGGUUUAAAGUUGUGGUUUAGCUAUGGAGAGCCAAUUGGAGCACAAAUCCCUAACAGUACACAUUCAAUUUAUUAACUCAUAUGACACCCAAAUUGUUCAUAAUUGUCUGGGAAUGAUAACUGAAGUAUUUUUCUUCCUUAUGAAAGCCAAAGGAAACAUAGUUGUAAACAUAAGAAAUAUGCAAUAUAAACAUAAUUUUUGAACUUUUGGCUUCCCAUAAUUUUAGGACAGAGUAAGACCAUGGUCUAAGUUAAACCUGACUUCAGAAUAUGAGCCAUUAUGAUAAAACAGGACAAACUUGGGUAUCUCAUUUAACAUAACACAAGGACAGGUCACCAUUGCUGGUAAAGUUGUACGUAACUUUAAAAACAGCUUUGUGAAACACCACCCAUGGUUGUUAAAAUUCAUAUUAUGCUUGUCAAUCCAUCCAAAAUUAGAUGAACAUUCCAUGAUUUCAAUUAGUUCUUUUUUCAUACAUUAAUUGACCAUUCCGUUUUAUUUCAGUUGCAAGUUUCACAUUUUCCAUAUCAUCAUCAUCAUCACCACCAUCAUUACCACCAUCAUUAUCACCAUUAUUAUCAUCAUCAUUAUCAUCAUCACCACCAUCAUCACCACCAUUAUCAUCAUCACCAUUAUUAUCAUCACCAUUAUCAUCAUCAUCAUCACCACCAUUAUCAUCAUCACCAUCAUCAUCCCACCAUCAUCACCAUCAUCAUCACCACCAUUAUCAUCAUCAUCACCGUCUUCACCAUCUGAACUUCAUUCCAGUUGUCAAAUUCUAAGUCUGUAUAAUGACUCUUGCAUACAUGUAUUUGUAACAUGUCCUAGUUUUGAAGAGUACCAUGUACCUAUAAGGGGGUGUUGCAAGAAAAUAUUUGCAAUCAAUCGCACAUAUUCUGUCGCAAUUUUACAAUUGAUUGAUCACUUUUAACUACAGCAAAUCAGAUUACACUCCUUGUUUCAUGGAGCAGAUUAGCACAAUCGCAAGUUUCUUGCAACGCCCCAUAAGUCUUUGUCUAUAAUAGUGUACAUCAUGUCUUUAUGUACUGUACAGUAUGUAAAGUUCUAUUACAUAAUUUAUGUACUGUAUUCGGUGUAUCAGAAAAAAAAGGAAACCCAAAUUUGAUAUCAUUUCCUCAGAAAAAUAUACAACUAGAAUUUGUAAAAAUCGUAAACCUGUAUUUCCAGAAAGGAUUUUAUUUAUAGUGCAUUUGUGACGCUUUGAAGGUAUGCACAUUGACAUGCAUUGCACUGUUGUGUAUGAGAGUGGAAAACCAAUGAACAAAAAUACAGUACAAAAUACAAUCGAUAUUAGUUAAAUAAUCCA